GACAACAUGGCUAGCCAACAUGCCCUCGUCAUUAUUGGAUUACUACUUUUCCUCUCAUUGGACUGGAGUUUUUCUAAUAUUCAAGAGGAAGAGCUCCAUGCCAACUACUGGAACAACAAGGGGAGGCAGGCCCUACAUGCUGCCCUGAAUGUAAAGCCCAAUACCAACAAAGCCAAGAACCUCAUUCUCUUUCUGGGGGAUGGUAUGGGCAUGCCCACUGUGACGGCAGCUCGGAUCAUGAAAGGCCAGCUGAAGGGAAUAAGCGGAGAGGAGGGCAGUCUGGCCAUGGACACCUUUCCAAACACGGCAUUAUCUAAGACAUACAAUGUUGACCAGCAGAUGCCAGACAGUGCAGGCACUGCCACAGCAUACCAUUGUGGUGUAAAAGCCAACUACGGUACUUUGGGUGUGACUGCCUCCACCAAGAGGAACAACUGCCCAGCCGUCUUUGGGAAUGAAGUCACAUCUGUACUCCACCGAGCCAAGCAGGCAGGGAAGUCGGUGGGAAUUGUCACCACGACACGUGUUCAGCACGCCUCCCCUGGAGCAUCCUAUGCUCACUCCGCUGACCGACAGUGGUAUGCCGACUCCGACCUUACCACUGAGGCUAUUGCUGGUGGCUGCCGUGACAUCGCCUACCAGUUGGUUCACAACACAGAGAUAAAUGUCAUUCUUGGUGGAGGUCGACAGUAUAUGUUUCCAAGAACCACAGCUGAUCCAGAGUACCCAGACAUCAAGGGAAGUCGUAACGAUGGAGUGGAUCUCACUAAAGAGUGGCUCAAGAACAAAAGGAAUGCCAAAUAUGUGUGGAACAAGGCAGAGUUCGAUGCUGUCGAUCCUACGAACACAGACUUCCUGAUGGGUCUCUUUGAGCCCAAAGACUGCCGCUAUGAGUUGGAACGUGAUAAGUCACUGGACCCCUCCCUCACAGAGAUGAUGGAAAAAGCCAUCAAAAUCCUUCAGAAGAAUCCAAAUGGAUAUUUCCUGUUUGUGGAAGGGGGGAGAAUUGACCAUGGGCACCAUGGGAACAGGGCCAAAAUGGCCCUCUAUGAGGCUGUGGAGUUUGACAAGGCAAUCGAACGGGCGGCUGAGCUGACCAAAGAGGAGGACACCCUGUCUGUGGUCACUGCUGAUCACUCCCACGUCUUUGCCUUUGGAGGCUACUCUCAAAGAGGAAACCCAGUUUUAGGAGUUUCUAGUGGACUGGCUAAGGACAAGAAGCACUUUACUACUGCUGUCUAUGGAAAUGGACCGGGAUACAAGAUUGUCAAUGGAACUCGUCCAGAUAUGAAUACGGCCAUUUCCUCGGCUAAUGACUACCGUCAGCAGACUCCAGUUCCCCUCAGCUCAGAGACCCAUGGCUCAGAGGAUGUGGCCAUCUUUGCCAAAGGUCCUAUGUCCUACCUUUUCCAUGGGGUCCAGGAGCAGAGCUACAUCGCCCACGUCAUGGCCUACGCUGCCUGCCUGGAGCCUUAUGCUGACUGCCAGCUGGCCAGCCACUGUGGAACCACCUACCCCAGUCUGCUGCUCCUCCUGAUGGGCCUCCUUCUCACCCUCUCCCCCCUCCGCUCUCUUUGAGAUACUGCCAUGGCUGCAGUUUAUGCUGACCUUGGGAUUAAGAGGUUCCAUCUCACAUUCUGGUCAAAGAUUUCCACUUACACACUGUAAUUCUACCGCCAAAGCCGUGUUUUAUUUUUUUCUUAGGUGUAUGUGGGUACCAAUGUAGAUGUAAGGUGGUUGUGCUAGUUUUGCUCAUUGGUUUUAAGCCUUUGACAUUUAAUAUCUCAAAGCCCAUUAGAGUGCAGAUGGAAUCUAAAUGUUUGAUUUUCAUGAUCAUGUUAAACAUGCCACAUAUGGAUUCAAGCCCUCAGUCUUGAAUGAGUGAAUUCAUGUUAGUGCCAGUAAACAUGCCUAGCUUGUUGCAGAACAUCUUCACCUCUGUACCUGCAGCUAUUUUAUUUAUAUAAAGCAUAUAUUGGUUGUAUUUUGAAUAAAUAAAUUCCAAAUUAAAUAAUUUCUCAAAAUUUAAAAUGCGACUUAAUGCAAGUCUGUAAACUCGUUUUUUCAUAAAAGUCUCUCAAGUGUGCCGUGUCCUUUUUCUACCAGCCCCAUCUAUAAUGAGCUGAUGAUACCUUUGCUGGUGUCAAACAAGUAAACCUACUGCCUUUUUGGCCCCCCUGCACCCAGUCCAAAUAGCAUUCAACAUUAACUGUCAUAUUAAAACUGAGUGUGCAAACAGACUGGUGAAACUCAGCUAUUGAAUUUCUUGACAUUUUGCUGUUUAACAUUGAUGAAAAAGAAAUGACUGUGCCACACGAGUACAAUAUCUAAUGCAACGGGAUGAGGUUUUUUUUUUAUUCAGAUGCAACACUACUUGUUU